UCGCACGCCAAGGCUGGAGACAGGGAGAGCUCGGCGAUUCGAAUUCCUUGGGGAGCGAUAUGCAGAGGGCUUCGUAUACGAUUGUUCUUUACUUGAUCCAGUUCUCGUAAUGCAUUCGAAAAGCUCAGAUUUUGGGGGUCUUGGUUUGGUGUGCUUACUUGACCCCGGACCUUCGCACUAAAGGCAUCUGUCUCUCAUCUCAUCUGAUAUUUUGGUUAUACCUGCGUGCUUGAUGGGCUGCAUCUCUACAAAGCACACCAAACACACACCUGGAUACGAAGAUCCAAAAGUCCUUUCUACUGAGACAACUUUUACUGUGAGUGAAGUAGAAGCUUUAUAUGAGCUAUAUAAGAAGUUGAGUUUUUUGAUAAUCAAAGAUGGGCUAAUACACAAGGAAGAAUUCCAACUUGCCUUGUUCAGGGAUAGCAAGAAGCAAAAUCUGUUUGCAGACAGGGUAUUUGACUUGUUUGAUGUCAAAGGCAAUGGGGUUAUUGAAUUUGGAGGAUUUGUUCGAUCACUUAGCUUUUUUCACCCAGACGCUCCAGAAGACGAUAAAAUUGCAUUUGCAUUUAGAUUGUAUGACUUGAGGCAGACAGGAUACAUUGAACGUGAGGAGUUGAAGGAGAUGGUGCUGGCUCUUUUGAAUGAAUCAGAUUUGUUUCUUUCAGAUGAAGUUGUUGAACAAAUUGUUGAUAAGGCAUUCAGUCAGGUAGAUUCAAAAGGUGAUGGAAUAAUAGACCCAGAUGAAUGGAAGGAGUUUGUUAAAAAAAAUCCAUCAGUGUUGCGAAACAUGACUCUUCCAUACUUAAAGGACAUAACCUUGGCGUUCCCCAGCUUUGUUAUGAAUUCUGAAGUCAGGAAUGAAGACAUGACAAUCCAGUAAAGAUGUGCACUGCUGCCAUAUUUGUUCCCUCCAAAAUUGAUGAUGCUCCCUGGCUCCAUCAACAGGUUGAAUGAUGCAUCUCUACCAUGGUGUGAUGCUGCUUCUCCCAAAGAUAAUGACGACAACCAAUCUCAACCCCUCCUGCUGCACUGAUUUGCAAGAUCUAUUGUGCCUAACAUGAGAGCCUGAUAAAGUACUUCCAUAGCUGUUUUUGAACACAGAGAAUGAGUCCAGUCACAAAUUUUAUCACUUCACGAAGAUUUGCAUUCCAAAAGCUCCGAAUCGCUGACCUCAAGCUUGAAUCUUGAAAACCCCUAAAUUAAAAGGAAAGGGGAGAAAUUAUGGCCUGUGGCAGGUGAUGAGAAACUUGGGUUCAACGUCGUCUUAAGCUUAGGGGAAAUGGAGGCUGAUUAGAUGAAUAAUUAUCAGGUCGAGGGAUGGGGAGUGGACGCUUUCUCGCAAUAAGUGGUGGAGGCCAAUGAGAUGAGAACAGACUCCAGAGACAAAAAGGCGCUAGGAGUGGGUCGGUUCCAUGUCCUUGUUAUGUAUAUAUUUAUAAA